AUGAAAAAAGCAGGCGCGGCUCCAGAAAAAAUCCAGUCGGCUGUAGAUGAGCUGCACACGCUUCGCAAUGAUCUAGCGGCGGCAACAGUAGCCCUGGAGAGUGAUGAAUUCGAGAACAGCCUGAACCGUAAGCUGUUUGACGAGACUGUGCUCCGGCGAAUGUUUGUUGUCCCGGCAUUCGAAAUACAUGGUGGCGUCACCGGUUUGUUCGAUCUGGGCCCACCAGGGUGUGCGCUCAAGGCCAACGUAGUUGAUAUGUGGCGGCGACAUUUUGUUCUCGAAGAGAAAAUGCUCGAGAUGGAGUGCACGUGUCUUACUCCAGAACCAGUGCUCAAGACGUCCGGACAUGUCGACCGAUUCACAGACUUGAUGGUAAAAGAUAUUGAGACCGGUGACUGCUACCGGGCGGAUAAACUGUUGGAGGAUCACAUUGACGCGUUGCUCAAUGGUGGGACUGUUGCGCCAACUACUGCCGAGGAGCAUAGAAAGGUUCAACGACAAGCUGAUGCGUAUUCGCCGGAGGAGCUUGGAAACAUCUUAGUUGAGUACGCUAUCACGGCCCCGGCGACUGGCAACCAGCUCACCGCACCAUUUGCCUUCAACCUCAUGUUUGGCACAAAGAUUGGUCCCAGUGGCACGCUCACCGGAUAUUUGAGACCAGAAACUGCGCAGGGGCUU